UCAAACUGGAUGGUCUGUGAGUCGGGGACCGACGCGCACAGAGUCUGAAAGUUGAACAAGAAGGAGUCUCUGAAGUGGACCUCCUGCGUGACCUCAGACCCCGCGACACCCCGCCCCCUCCGUCAGGAGGAGUUGCCCUCGAGACUUGAGCCGCUGAGCCGCUGAGCAGAGCAUCCAAAGGAGGUCAACACAGCGAGGGCUUCGAACACACAAGGGUCAGAACGUGCACGGGAGAGGAGUCCUCCGUUACUACAACAACAACAACAACAACAACAACAACAACAACAACAACAACAAAAGAUGCCGAGCAAGAGCGAGUACCUGCGGCCGCGGCACUGCGAGCUCGCGAAGGGGGAGAACGGCUACGGGUUCCACCUCCACGGGGAGAAGGGCCGCGCGGGCCAGUUCAUCCGGCUCGUGGAGCCCGACAGCCCGUCCGAGACCUCGGGGCUGCGCGCGGGAGACCGGCUCGUGUUCGUGAACGGUGACAACGUGGAGCACGAGAGCCACCAACAGGUGGUCUCGCGGAUACGGGCCACGGCGGGAGCGCUGGAGCUGGUGGUGGUGGACGUGGAGACCGACCAGCUGCUGAAGAAACACGGGCUGGAGUGUCUGGGGGAGUACGUAGAGGACGGGUUGCCGCUGCCGCUCGACGAGUCGGACCGCGAGGAGGAGGAGGAGGAGGAGGAUGAAGAGGUGACCGAGGAGCACCAGAACGGGAACCCGCUCGCGGACUCGCCGUUACCGGAGACUAACGGGGACUCUGAAGUCGACCUCCACGUCCACGUCGAGAAGAAGCUGAGCACCAGCAACUCUGAGAUCAUGGAGGAGGUGGUCAGUGAGCUGCGCCCCCGUCUGUGUGUGAUCCUGCGGGGGUCGGGGGGCUACGGGUUCAACCUCCACAGCGAGCGGGCGCGGCCCGGUCAGUACGUCCGGGCGGUCGACAGCGACUCGCCCGCCGAGAGGGCCGGGCUGCAGCCCAACGACCGGAUAGUGCAGGUGAACGGUCGGUGUGUGGAGGGUCGGAGCCACUCGGAGGUGGUGGAGGCCAUCAAGGCGGGGGCGGGGGAGACGCGUCUGCUGGUGGUCGACCCCGACACAGACCGCCUCUUCAGGAGCUGUGGUGUGGCGCCCUCCCCUGGCCACCUCACCGGACCCCUCCCAGAGCCGGGUCUGAACGGCGCGGGGGAGGGGCCGGUGAGGUUCCAGACGGAGAACGGCGGCGGGGCGAGCGAGAGCGAGAGAGAGAGGGACUCCAAGAUGAGCAUCAGCCCGUCGCCGUCCAACGCCUCGUCCAACGCGUCCUUCACCCCCCCGCCCGCCCACACCCCCCCCGAGGACUCGGAGCCGGAGGCGUUGGGCAGCAUCCCGGAGCUGAGCCUGUCGCUGCAGCAGGUGAAGGAGCGCGCUCACCAGAAACGCUCCAACAAGCGCGCCCCCACCAUGGACUGGACCAAGAAGAAAGAGCUGUUCAGCAACCUAUAAGAACACACAGGCACGCACACACACACACCCACACGCACCCACACACACAGACGCACACACACACACACAGACAUAUAAACAGACAUACAGACAGAUGAAAACAUAUCAGUACACACACACUCUUAUAUCUACUGACACAAACACUAAAGUCUCCGUUGUGCUCCAACACAUUCCAGUCUGUUCUGUGACGUGGCUCCUGUAGACCUUCUGGUCCUGAAGCAUUUCUACUCUCCUAGUUUUUCUAUGAAUCAUGAGGUUGUGUUUGUAAGGUUUUGUACUGCUGCCCACUAGUGGACUGGUGGCAUAUCUGCCCUCUUUAACACGGUCUGGGCUGUACCAUCUGGUUGGAAACCAGGGGGGGGGGGGGGUGAAACGUGUGCCUAGCAUGAGGAAAGCACUGGUGAUGAGGUGUGACUGGCCGGUGGUCCACUGGUGUUAGGAUGAAGCCUGUAAACAGUGGACGUCCGCCGUGAGGGAAAGGAGAUUAUUUUGUAAAAUAAAGUGUACACUCAGAUUAUAUUUCAGAUGCUAUAAAAGAUGUGCUUCUAACAUUUAUAAAGUCCUGUAGCCAAUGUUAGAUAGCGGCCAGGUGUGUGUGUGUGUGUGUGUGUGUGUGUGUGUG